GCCGGGGCAGGCGGGCUGCUAGCAGCAGUGGCGCCGACAUGGCUGCACUGGUGGAGCCGCUGGGACUGGAGCGGGACGUGUCCCGGGCGGUGGAGCUCCUCGAGCGGCUCCAACGCAGCGGGGAGCUGCCCCCGCAGAAGCUGCAGGCCCUCCAACGAGUGCUGCAGAGCCGCUUCUGCUCCGCCAUCCGCGAGGUGUACGAGCAGCUCUAUGACACGCUGGACAUCAGCGGCAGUGCUGAGAUCCGAGCUCAUGCCACGGCCAAGGCCACAGUGGCUGCCUUCACAGCGAGUGAGGGCCACGCGCAUCCCAGGGUAGUGGAGCUGCCCAAGACAGACGAGGGCCUGGGCUUCAACAUCAUGGGUGGCAAAGAGCAGAACUCACCUAUCUACAUCUCUCGUGUUAUCCCUGGAGGUGUGGCUGAUCGCCAUGGAGGUCUCAAGCGUGGGGACCAACUGCUGUCUGUGAAUGGUGUGAGCGUUGAGGGUGAGCAGCACGAGAAGGCAGUGGAGCUGCUGAAGGCGGCGCAGGGUUCUGUGAAGCUUGUGGUUCGGUACACACCACGGGUGUUGGAGGAGAUGGAGGCCCGUUUCGAGAAGAUGCGGUCUGCUCGAAGGCGCCAGCAGCACCAGAGCUACACGUCCUUGGAAUCUCGAGGCUGAACGCACAGAUCUGGAUCCUCUCCCCUGUACAGUAUUUAUUGUCACUGGCUCCUUACUUAAAGAUCUUUGACCCUCA